AUGUCAGUAAACAUCCCAGAAUGUCCACCAAGUUUAAAAUCAAUUCAACAUUUUCUGAAAACUGCAGCAGAACACGACAGCAGAGACCCAAUUGUAGCAUACUGGUGCAGGCUUCAUGCCUUACAAGUUGGUCUUAAAUUAACUACAAAGAAAACUCCUGAAGAAACAAAAUUGCUGAUGGCUGUAAUGGACUGGUUAGAAGAAGCUAAAAAGACAUAUAAAGACAAUGAAGCUAUUUCCAAUGAAGUAGUAGCACAAGCACAUUUAGAAAAUUAUGCCCUAAAACUAUUUCUUUUUGCUGAUAAACAAGAUCGGGAACUAAAUUAUGGAAAGAAUAUUGUAAAGGCAUUUUAUACAGCAGGAGUAAUCUAUGAUGUUCUUACUACUUUUGGAGACUUAACAGAGGAAGCUUCACAGAAUCGCAAGUAUGCAAGAUGGAAGGCUGCUUAUAUUCACAACUGCCUUAAAACUGGCGAGACUCCAGUUCCAGGUCCUAUGCAAUCUGAUAAUCCAAGUCAAGAUGAUGAGGAGUCUGCAACUAGUGACCAGCCAGGAGCUUCAAAUAGUGCAAGCGGGACAUUUGGAUUCACUUCAGUGACCCCUGCAACUCCACAGGACUUAUUGCCAACUGUUCCAACAAGUUUUAACAAUAGCCUUCCAGAUCCAAAUGUAGCAAUGAGGGCUGCUUCGCAAUUGCCUCCAGUCCCCUACACCCCAGAUCCUAACCCUGGAGGCUUCAUCCCAUAUGACCCCUCACAACAGCCACCUUCCGCAACAUUCUAUGGCGACAAUUCUACAUCUGUGGCACAACUUAGUCCCGAUCAAAUAGCUAAGGCUCAAAAGUACUGCAAAUGGGCAAGUAGUGCACUCAAUUAUGAUGAUACUAAAACUGCUAUAAGCAAUUUGAGGAAUGCAUUAGAGUUAUUACAGACUGGACGAGAUCCUGCU